ACUCAUCACGUCACGACUGAACUGCGGUUGUUCUUUCCUUGCCAAAACUACCCUGGGAAACGAGACAUCACCCACACAUCCGGCGCCCAAGGUUCUUCGACUUCCCACCAGCUGAAUACGGCGUCGGAAUGGGCCUGCCGUGAUAAUGAAAAAGGCCGUGCUGUCGAGCAUUGUGACGGGAAAAGGCACUAGAUCAGAUGUCCCGGUCUACGCAAAUACCUCGAGUGACCAGGCUACUCCCGGCGCUGGGAAGCACGCUUUGGACACCAUCGUAGAUCCAUCGCUGCGUUAUCGCUUGAAUGCUGGACUGAAUGCCUUGGCAGCCUCGCCGGAGCAGGACUGGUUGGCUGUAGCAGGGAGGGAAGUGCUGAAGAUCUUGUCAGUCUAUGAGUCUGAGGUGAAGGAGGUGAUGAAUCUGCGGAGUGGAGUCAAGUUGAACCUCAGCUCCAAUAUCAACGAUGUGAAGUGGGGGAAUGCUUGUGCGUACCAUUGGUGUCCUAUGAGGGACUUCUACAGAUAGGUUGCUGGUGACGGAUUUGCUAAUCUGGUGGACGACAAACUACACAGUUGCCAAAGGAACGAUCGCUACCGCUGCCACGAAUGGGGCCGUAGCAAUCUGGGAUUUGAACCGGC